AUGGCAGACCCGAGGCUCGGGCUCUCUGAGGCCAUCUCAGAGGAGCGCACCGAGCCAUUUUCACAGUCCGAGAUUGACGCCCGCUUUAAGGGUAUUCGCGUGGAGGAGCCCGUCCCUACAACUGGGUCUUCGGCCGUGCCACUAGACGAACUCCAUAUUGAGGAUCACCACCACAAGCAAGGCAUCCGCAUCUUGUUCCGUCCUUUGGCUAGCUUCCCCAAUUCACGGUCAGUGAGUCCUGGCAGUGACAGUUGCCAGUGGCUCGCUCUCCGUGCCGAAGUUGCCUCUCCAGAGCAGCCUGAGCACAAAGUUCUAGCUGUGACUCAGACCUCCAAGGAUAUCAAGUUCUCUGUUCGUAUCCCCGGUGAGACUCAGGAUGCUUCUCCAAGACCCCCUCUAUGGUGUGAGCUAUACUAUGAUCCUGCCAGUGACAAAGUCAUCUUCUUGAAUAAGUCAGACGUGCCGAUUUCUUUGUCAAGCGUGUCGCCGUCGCCACUUUCGAGUCAUCCCCUCAGUGCUGCUCACAUCAUCAAUCCCGGAUCAGCCAAGGCUCUGAAGCCUGGAACUUGGCGCAUCACUGUUCGAGACAUUGAUGUUAUUGAUUUCCGAGUACUUGAGAAGCGCCCAGUGACGCUCUAUCAACCACAACAACCGACUAUUAACGAGGAUGUUCCACUGACCUCAAGCACCCCUACUAUCAACUCGAGCGGGAAGCGAGCACUGACUCCGGAGUAUGACGAGAAGAGAGUGAAACGUCGUGUCUCAGACCCGGAGACACCCGGUGACGAUGGUGUCAUUAUGUUCCUCAGGCCUUCCGCAGAUCCCCUGGUUUUCUCCCUACCAAACGGCAAGGAGCUUUCCACCGCAAAUACCCAUGCAUUGCUAGACGCCGAGAAGGGCGACACUGUUGCGAUCCCAGGUGUCUGUGAGCUCGACGAAUACCAGCUUACCAAGCGUGAGCCAAUUGCGUCGACGUCGUUGUCUGCCGUGUACACGGCAACACAUUCCCACGUACCAGACAACAUCGUUACUGUCAAGGUGCUCAAGACGCGCGUUGCCAACACCAACGACAAAGCGCUCCUCCACGAGCGUACCGUUAUCCGUCAAGCCGACAUGUGGCUUCGUGAGUGCAGGAGUCAGGAAGACCUGCAUCAUAAGUCUAUCGUUAGGUACUACGGUGGUGAUGCACGUUUCCUAUCCCUCUACAUGGAACAUAUAGAUGCCAAAGACCUCACCGCUGCGCCUCGAUGGAGAAGCAAGACCAACGAUGAGUUUUUGGGCGACAGAAACGACGCCAUCAGAAUUCUGGGAGACAUUGCCGGUGCUCUCAACUACAUCCACGGCCGUAAGCUUGUGCACAACGACAUCAAACCCGCCAACAUUCUCUAUUCGCCAGAGCGAGGCGCUGUCCUCUGUGAUUUUGGUCUUUCGACGCUGGCCGCUAAUUCACCGACAACUGGCGGAACACCGUACUACAUCCCUCCCGAAUUCAUUGGGCGGAAGCAGCGUGGACCUGCGUCUGACAUUUGGGCGCUUGGUGUCACCAUGCUCUACGUGUUGCGCAAAAUCUCGUUCCCCGACUCUCGCGCUCGUCGGCAGCACCCCCGACCUCUGUAUUGGCUGAUCGCCGGUGUGAACAGCCCAAAUACACCGCACAAGCAGCAUGGAAAUGGCCAGCCAGCCAUUCUGCAAAUGCGAGAUUGGCUUACCGAGAUUUUUGAGGCCAGAGAGAAGCUCAACUCAAAGGAUCGACUCGAGCGGAUCAUUAUGGAAAUGUUAUAUCCCAAUCCCAGCCAGCGCAUCACUAUGGCCAAGGUCUUGCAGGAAUUGGCUGUCGACCAAGUUGCUGUUGCUGCAGGUUGA